AUGGUCUCCAUCAAGCUGGAUUCGGUGAAGUUGACCUUGGAUGAUGAUAGAGUUUUGAAGGAUUUGAGUCACACUUAUGAUCCCAAAUUCAACAUAGCUACUAUCGACUUGGGUAAUAUGGUUCAUCCUCAGACGGUGACCCUGUCACUCGAUUAUACAGGUGAAAUCAAUGACAAGAUGCGCGGUUUCUAUAGAAGUACGUACAAAGGCGAAAAUGAUGAGGAGAAGUUCCUUGCGUCUACUCAGUUUGAGUCCACGUACGCUCGGUACGCUUUUCCAUGUUUCGAUGAGCCCAUAUACAAGGCAACAUUUGAUAUUUCUAUAGUAACCGAUCCAGGCCUGACUGCCAUUUCUAAUAUGCCUGUGGUUUCCUCCACCCCGUGCGAUUUUCAUGGAACAAAGAAAGUUUGGGUGAAAUUCGAUCGAACUCCUCCAAUGUCAUCGUAUUUAGUGGCGUUCGUUGUAGGAGAACUUGAUUAUAUCCAGACUUCUUCAAAAAGCGGUACAACAAUCAUAAGAGUGUAUACGGUACCUGGAAAGAGAAGUCAAGGCACAUAUUCUCUGGAUUUGGCUGCAAAGGCAAUCGAUUGGUACAACGAUUGGUUUGGAAUAGACUAUCCGCUACCGAAAUGUGAUCUCAUUGCUAUUCCUGACUUCAGCAUGGGGCUAUCGAAGAACUGGGACUGGUGGACGGACAAGUCACGUGUUGCUCUUGUCGUAGCCCACGAGCUUGCUCAUUUCUGGUUUGGAAACCUUGUAACCAUGAAAUGGUGGACCGAUCUUUGGCUAAAGGAGGGAUUUGCGUCAUUCAUGGAAUAUCUGUUUGUCGGUUAUAACUGCCCGGAAUUCAAGAUCUGGGAGCAUUUUGUCAACGACGAACUGGCUCAAGGCUUCAAUCUUGAUUGCCGCUGCCGUAACACGCCACCCAUAGAGGUUGAAAUAGAUAAUCCUUGUGAACUGGAAGAGAUCUACGACAACAUCACUUAUGCGAAAUCGAAUGCUAUUAAUCGCAUGUUGUUCUACUACCUUGGCGAGCCAACUUUCCAAGCUGGUCUACGUCUUUACUUGAAGAAAUUCCAGUAUGAAAAUGCGAUCACUCUCGAUCUUUGGGAGGCGUUAGGCGAAGCUUCUCAACAGGAUGUUGUUAAACUUAUGUCUGGCUGGACAAAACAGAUGGGAUAUCCGGUGAUUACGGUCACUGACAAGCAGCAGGGAAAUAAGAGAGUUCUAUCUCUUUCUCAAAAAAGGUUCAUUGGUGAUGGUGGUGAAGAUCCCACAAACUCCCUCUGGCAAGUACCAGUGACUGUAUGUGUGGGAUCGAAUCCGUCUGAAGUGAAAGGAAAGUUCCUUCUGGUAGAACGUGAACAAGAAAUCGAAGUGCCGGACGUGAAGGAAGGAGAAUGGGUCAAGUUGAAUGCCGGUUCAACUGGCUUUUAUCGAGUGGACCAUAGCCAAGAGAUGCUGAAGGCUAUGAUUCCUGAUAUCGCCAACGCAUUUGACCGCUUUUCUAUCGUCAAUGACUUGUCCAAUCUGGACGCACUCGAGCGUCGUCUUUCCUUUCAGUUUUGGCAGCUUUGCCCAACGAAGGAAGAGUACAUUGUCUGGCAGUCAUUGUCUGGUGGAAUUGAUGAUAUCUCAAAUGUGUUGCAUUACGCGCCAAAUGCUACACUUAGUAAACGGUUCGACUCAUUUGUUAUAAGAACAAUGGAGAAACUUGGAGAAAAACUUGGUUGGGACUGUCAUGAAGGCGAAGAUUCCCAGCGUGGGAUUCUUCGAGCUGUUGUUCAUGGUCGCUUGAUGAGGGCUGGACACGACAGUACCAUCAAGAAAGCUUCCACGCUUUUCGCUGACCAUGCCACUUCAAAACGACCCCUACAUCCCGAUCUCCGCCUAUGCAUAUUCACCACCGCAGUUCGUUAUGGUGGUGAAACGGCUUUCGAUCAACUGCUGAAGAUUUAUGAGUCUGCGGGAUUCCCUGAAGUUGAACGAAAUUGCAUCACAGCACUUUCACAAACACAAGAUCCAAAGCUUCUUCAAAGACUCUUCAAGUACGCCAUACAUGACGGUAAAGCUCGUGCACAAGAUCACAUGCUCCUUUUCUAUGGUGCAAGCUCUAGUAGGAUAGGUCAAGAAUUCCUCUGGAACUACUUCAAGGAGAACAUGGCUUAUCUCGUGGAAAAGUUUGGUGGUGUAGGGUCCGGCCUGUUCCAGAGGUGCAUGAAACUAGCCAUAGAGCGGCAGUGUACAGAGGAGUUUGCUCAGGAGGUGGAGAAAUUCCUUUGUCAUGGCCUUUCUCCGCAAGACUUCCUGACGCUGGAACGUCCGAUAAAACAGGCUACGGAAGCCGUCCGUCUGAACAAUAAAUUGCUGCAAUCGAAUAUGGAGGACAUUGACCAGUUCCUCAAAAAUGAGGGAUUAUAG